CCCCCCCGGGCGGCCAUGGGCUCCCAGGUGCUGCAGAUCCUGCGCCAGGGCGUGUGGGCCUCGCUCACGGGCGGCUGGUUCUUCGACCCGCAUCAGAGCACCUUCUCCAACUGCUUCCACCUGUACACCUGGCUGCUGCUGCUGGCGCUGCCCUUCCUGUUGUACAUGGUUCUGCCCCCCAGCAUGCUGGUGGCUGCCGUGUACUGCCUCGUGGUGGCCGUCAUCUUCACCACCAUCAAGACGGUGAACUACCGGCUCCACGCCAUGUUCGACCAGGGAGAGAUCGUGGAGAAGAGGAACUCCACGCUGGGGGAGGCCGAGGAGGAGGCUGCCCCCGGGGACGGCGACGUGCCCAGGGAUCCCGGGGUAGAGAUGACGGUGUUUCGGAAAGUGAGCUCCACGCCCCCCGUGCGCUGCAGCUCCCAGCAUUCCGUGUUCGGGUUCAAUCAGGUCACGGAGCUGAUUCCUCGGAUCGAGGACACGGGGCCUCUGAGAGACAUCAAGGAGCUGGUCCGGGAGCAAGGCAGCAACAACGUGAUCGUGACCGCGGCCGACAGAGAGAUGCUGAAGCUGAGCUCUCCGGAGAAGCUGCUUGGUGGAGAUCUCCCCCAGACUCCUCCAGGGCCUCCUCCCCCAGAGCCUUCACUGCCCAGCACAGACUCCUCAGAGCGUUCUCCCCUGGCUGGAAACAGAGGGACCCCCUGGAGUGGGGAGAGUGUGGUCGACACUCCCAUGAGCCCUUUGCUCAAAGGGAGCCUGAGCCAGGAGUUGAGCAAAAGCUUCCUGAAUCUGACUCUUCCGGACCGGCCGCUCGUGCGCACCAGCAGCCGGAAGGAGAAGCGCGGGGGGGCCGGUUACCAGCCCCUGGACCGGCAGGGCUCGGGGGAUCCUGUGCCCCAGAAGGCUGGCUCCUCCGACUCCUGUUAUAGCGGCACUGACAAGGAGACCCUGAGCAGUUUUAAGAGCGAGAAAACCAACUCCACUCACCUGGACAGUCCCCCCACGGGCCACGCCAGGGACGGCAGCGACACGGAUCCGCCGUCCGAAGGUGACCUCCCCCCCUCCCCUGAUGCCGGGGUCCCUUCCGACGACACCCUGCGCUCCUUCGACACGGUGGUCGGAGCGGGGACUCCACCGGGGGGCCCCGAGCCCCUUCUGGUCGUCCGGCCCAAAGACCUGGCCCUGCUUCGGCCGGGCAAACGCAGAACCCCAAUUCGCCGGCAUUCCCCCCCGAACCGAGCCUCCCGGCGCCCUUAUCCUGCCCCGGGCCGCCCCCUGCUGGAAGGUGGGGGCUUUUUUGAGGACGAGGACACGAGCGAAGGCAGCGAGCUAAGCCCCGCGUCCAGUCUUCGGUCUCAGAGACGCUUCAGCACCGACAGCUCCUCCUCUACUUCCUGUUACUCCCCUGAGGGGUCCAGGGGGGCGGGGGGUAGGCCCCGGAAGCGGCGGGCUCCCCGAGGGCCCGAAGAAGGGGCCACGGUGCCCCCCAAGCGUCCAUAUGGGGCUCAGCGUACCCCUAGCACCGCCAGUGCCAAGACACACGCCCGAGUGCUCAGCAUGGACGGGGCCGGGGGCGACAGUCUCCGGGUCCCGUCGGCGGGCUCCAAAGCAGAGCUGGAGGCCCAGGCGGGGGGCGAGCCCGCCGUGGCCUUGGCCUCCUUGCCGCCGUCAGACAGCUUUGCCCUAGGCAGCCGAAGGGGACCCGCCGCCAACCAGCCAGGUUGGCGGGGGGAGCUCCAGGAAGAAGGAGCAGUUGGGGGUGGGGCUGCUGAGGAGGGCGCCAAGCGAGACCGGUCGAGUAGCGUGCGGCGGACCCAGGCCAUCCGGAGGCGUCACAACGCCGGGAGCAACCCGACCCCGCCCUCGUCCGUCAUGGGCUCUCCCCCCAGCCUGCAGGAAGCCCAGCGGGGCCGCGCGGCCUCCCACUCCCGGGCCCUCACCCUGCCCUCGGCCCUGCACUUCGCCUCCUCUCUGCUGCUGCCGCGGUCGGGCGCCAACGUGCACGAGGCUUGCACCUUCGACGACACCUCGGAGGGCGCCGUGCACUACUUCUACGAUGAGAGUGGGGUGCGACGCUCCUACACCUUUGGCUUGGCAGGGGGUGGCUACGAGAACCCCGUGGGACAGCAAGUCAGCGGGGAGCAGGGGACCAACGGGGCCUGGGACCGCCACUCUCAUUCCUCCAGCUUCCACUCUGCGGAGGUCCCCGAGGCUGCCGGAGGUCUGGCCCUGCUGCAGCCUCGCCCCGUGGUGUUGCAAGGGAUGCAGGUCCGGAGGGUGCCCCUGGAAUUACCCGAGUUUGACUUACUGGACCAGGACUCCCUGCACGAGUCUCAGGAGCAGACCCUCAUGGAGGAGGCCCCCCCGCGGCCUCAGCACAGCUACAAGUAUUGGCCUCCCGGCCGCUGGACCCCCGUGCGUUACGAGCGGCUGGCCCUGCUGGCCCUGCUGGACCGGACUCGGGGGGUGCUGGAGAACAUCUUUGUGGUGUGGCUGGGCAGUCUGGUGGCCUUUCUGGGCUACCUGCUCCUUCUCAAGGGCUUCUUCAGGGACAUCUGGGUCUUCCAGUUCUGCCUGGUCAUUGCCUCCUGCCAGUACUCGCUGCUCAAGAGCGUCCAGCCCGAUGCUGCGUCUCCCAUGCACGGUCACAACUGGGUGAUCGCCUACAGCCGGCCCGUCUACUUCUGCUGCUCUUGCCUCCUCAUCUGGCUGCUGGACGCCCUGGGCUCGGCCCUGCCCUUCCCUCCCGUCUCCCUCUACGGCCUCACGCUCUUCUCCGCCCCCUUCUUUUUUUGUGCCCGAGAUGUGGCCACUGUCUUUACCUUGUGCUUCCCUGUCGUCUUCCUCCUGGGCCUCCUGCCCCAGGUCAACACCUGCCUCAUGUACCUGCUCGAGCAGAUUGACAUGCACGGCUUCGGGGGCACAGCAACCACCAGCCCCCUCACCGCUCUGUACAGCCUCCUGCGGAGCCUCCUGGCGGCCGCGCUGCUCUACGGCUUCUGUCUGGGUGCCAUCAAGGCACCUUGGCCAGACCAGCACGUGCCCGUCCUCUUCUCUGUGUUCUGUGGCCUUCUGAUGGCGAUCUCCUACCACCUGAGCCGCCAGAGCAGCGACCCCACCGUCCUCUGGUCCCUGAUACGCACCAAGCUUUUCCCUGACCUGGAGGAGCAGAACCUCGAGACCCCUCGUGCGGAAGCCCCCGACCCACUGCCCGGCAAACUGAGGCAGUCUGUGCGGGAGAUUUUGCACUCAGACCUGGUGAUGUGCCCAGUGAUCGCCGUGCUCAGCUUCGCCAUCAGCGCCAGCACCGUCUUCAUCGCCCUCAAGUCUGUCCUGGGCUUCGUCCUCUACUCGCUGGCCGGCCUGGUGGGCUUCCUCACCCAUUACCUCCUGCCUCAGCUCCGCAAGCAGCUCCCGUGGUUCUGCCUCUCCCAGCCCGUGCUCAAGUCCCAGGAGUACAGCCAGUUUGAAGUGCGCAGCGCGGCGCAGCUGAUGUGGUUCGAGAAGCUCUACGCGUGGCUCCAGUGCGUGGAGAAGUACCUCAUCUACCCGGCCGUGGUGCUCAACGCGCUCACGGGCGACGCCCACACCGUCAGCGGGCGGCCGGACAAAUUCUGCCUCUACUGUCGAGCCCUCCUGAUGACCGUGGCCGGACUGAAGCUCCUGCGCUCGGCCUUCUGCUGCCCCCCCCAGCAGUAUCUGACCUUGGCCUUCACGGUCCUGCUCUUCCGUUUCGACUACCCGCGCUUCUCCCAGGGCUUCCUGCUGGACUACUUCCUCAUGUCCCUGCUUUGCAGCAAGCUGUGGGACCUGCUGUACAAACUCCGCUUCGUGCUCACCUACAUCGCCCCCUGGCAAAUCACCUGGGGCUCCGCCUUCCACGCCUUUGCCCAGCCCUUUGCCGUGCCCCACUCCGCCAUGCUGUUCGUGCAGGCCCUGCUCUCUGCCCUCUUCUCCACCCCUCUCAACCCUCUGCUGGGCAGCGCCGUCUUUCUGAUGUCCUACGCGCGGCCCCUCAAGUUUUGGGAGCGAGACUACAACACUAAGCGUGUGGAUCAUUCCAACACCCGCCUGGCCACGCAGCUGGAUCGGAACCCCGGUGCCGACGACAACAACCUCAAUUCCAUUUUCUACGAGCACCUGACGCGCUCCCUGCAGCACACGCUGUGUGGCGACCUGGCCCUCGGCCGCUGGGGCAACUACAGCCCCGGGGACUGCUUCAUCCUGGCCUCUGACUACCUCAAUGCCCUGGUGCACCUCAUCGAGGUCGGCAAUGGGCUUGUCACCUUCCAGCUGCGGGGCCUGGAAUUCCGGGGGACCUACUGCCAACAGCGGGAGGUGGAGGCCAUCACGGAGGGGGUGGAGGAGGACGAGGGCUGCUGCUGCUGCGAGCCGGGUCACCUGCCUCGAGUGCUGUCCUUCAAUGCCGCCUUCGGGCAGCGCUGGCUGGCCUGGGAGGUGACCGCCAGCAAGUACGUGCUCGAGGGCUACAGCAUCAGCGACAACAACGCCGCCUCCAUGCUGCAGGUGUUUGACCUGAGGAAGAUCCUCAUCACCUACUACGUCAAGAGCAUCAUCUACUACGUGAGCCGCUCUCCCAAGCUGGAGGCCUGGCUGAGCCACGAGGGCAUCGGGGCGGCCCUGCGGCCUGUGCGCACCCCCGGCUACGCCGACUCGGACCCCACCUUCUCCCUGAGCGUGGACGAGGACUACGACCUCCGGCUGGCCGGCCUCUCGCUGCCGGCCUUCUGCGCCGUCCACCUGGAUUGGAUCCAGUACUGUGCCGCCAGGCGGGGCCAGCCCAUGGAGCACGAUUGGAACUCUCCUCUCGUCACCCUGUGCUUUGGGCUGUGCGUGCUGGGCCGCCGGGCUCUGGGGACCGCCUCCCACAGCAUGGCAGCCAGCCUGGAGCCCUUCCUCUACGGCCUGCACGCCCUGUUCAAGGGAGACUUCCGCAUCACCUCCCCUCGGGACGAGUGGGUCUUUGCCGACAUGGAUCUCCUGCACCGCGUGGUGGCCCCUGGGGUCCGCAUGGCCCUCAAGCUCCAUCAGGACCACUUCACGUCCCCCGACGAGUACGAGGAACCCGCUGUGCUCUACGACGCCAUCGCGGCCAACGAGGAGCGCCUGGUGAUCUCGCACGAGGGCGACCCGGCCUGGCGCAGCGCCAUCCUCAGCAACACGCCGGCCCUGCUGGCGCUGCGGCACGUCAUGGACGACGCCUCGGACGAGUACAAGAUCAUCAUGCUCAACCGCAGGCACCUCAGCUUCCGCGUCAUCAAGGUGAACCGCGAGUGCGUGCGGGGCCUGUGGGCCGGCCAGCAGCAGGAGCUGGUUUUUCUCCGGAACCGCAACCCAGAGCGCGGCAGCAUCCAGAACGCCAAGCAGGCCCUGCGCAACAUGAUCAACUCGUCCUGCGACCAGCCGCUGGGCUACCCCAUCUACGUGUCUCCUCUCACCACCUCCUUCGCCGGCAGCCACCCCCAGCUCCAGGCCCUCUGGGGGGGCCCGGUCAGCCUCCAGGCCAUCGCCAACUGGCUCCUGCGCAGCUGGGAGAGACUUCAGAAGGGCUGCGGGGCCGGCUGCAACAGCGGAGGGAACGUGGAUGACUCGGACUGUGGGGGCGGCUCCUCCUCCAUCAGCAAUAACCCUCCGGCCCCCCACCCCACCCCCGAGACCACCGCCGCCCGAGAGCAGCCCUUCCCCCUGGGCUUGGGUCUGGGCUGGACGCUGCGACCCUCCCUGAGCGGAGCCGGCGACGGCUUCUCCUCUCGACGGCGGAGAGAGGGUGGGCCCCCCUCCCUCCAGUGGCCCCCACCCAUGGGAGCUCCCCGGCUCCCAGGACCAGCCCCUUCCCCCGUGCCUGCCUCACCGGCCCCCGAAGGCCCCCAGCCACCCCAGGCCAGCAUACCUGCCCCCUUCAGCUACGAGGGGCUCAGUGGCAAGUGGAGCUUGGGAGGCAAGAAAGGUCUGGGAGGGUCCGACGGGGAAGCGACCUCCGGAAGCCCCAAAGGAGGACCACCCCUGCGCUCUCAGGCGCCCACUGCGUCCCCCUUGGACCUCGGCCUCCCCCUGGAAGUCAGCACUGAUGCUUGUCCGCCUGGCCCUGCCCAGGAUCCUUCUCUCUCGGCCAGACCAGACACCGGGACCCCUGGGGGUGGGAGCAACUGGCUGGCCCCCUCAGAGGAGCAGGAGAGUCCAGCUGCCCAGCCCUUGCUGGAACACCAGUACUGACCAGGCCUGACCCUGAUGGGACUGACCGAGUGCUCAGGGGGCCCAGAGGCCGGCCUCCACCUCGACCUCGCCAAACCGAUGGGCUGGUCCCGUUCAGAGCGCUCUGGAGCCAGGGGGCGGGGCCCUCUCUGCUGGGGGCCGGGACUCGGGACUCAGGGGCCUGGCACCGGGGGCUGGAGCCGGGCCGGGCCAGGGAGGGAGAGAUGCUAGCCCUCCACCGUGGCCUCCCAGGGCCCUGGAGCUUGGGCCGAAGCUCGCAAAGAAUGGGGGGGGGGAAUCUUUUUUUUCCUUUUUUUUUUCUGCUUCUGAGACACCAGAAUUAAUAACACUAUUUUUGAUUUUG